UCCUGUUUCACCUGAAGGUGACGCUGCUGCUGCGUUCGCUCAGCUUUAACCUGUGUCUAUACGACACUGAGCUGAGAACAAAAAUAAACGGUGCCUACAAGGGAAGAGAGAAAUAAGCCGACACCUCACACCCUAUUUUCUAAUGGCUAUUUAGCCCGUUGUGCGCUUUCAGUCCUUGGUUGCUGCUUGAGAAGGCGGGAUUGCACGUUGGGCACUUAAAUCGCUUCUUCUGCUUGGUAAAGGGCGCGUUUUCCUGUUUUACCUUCACUUGCUCCGCUUGUAGAGCUUGUUGAUGAGAGGAUGAAAGGAAAGUUUAUCUGAUCUUUAUUAGCGCAUACCGUAUCCGCCCAGCUUCUGGGACUGACCCACACGUGUUCCGCACUCGGUGCUACCGUACGAACAGCAUAUCCCUGGAAGUUGUCCUGAUCGAACCUGUCGGAUUACAGGAACUUCCCAAGAACUUUAGCAGAAAGAUCUCCCAGGGACCUGCAGCUAACACCGCAACAGCAGAAAUGAAGCUUUCAAAUUUCCAGCUUUGAAGUGAUAAAUUGGCUUACUGUGAUAUUCAGAAUACACAUCAAGGGAUCCCUUGAGACUGAUCUGGAGUACACAGAAAGUACAAAUAAAUCAGAACUUAGAGUAACAAAGCUGAACCUGCAAGUGCACAGCCUAAGGCCAGAGUAAAGAUCCAAAGACAGGAAAGAAAAUGGCAUCAUGGACUGGGUCACUGUGCUGGAUGAAAGUUCGAAAAUAAGACUAAAUAACCAGAAACUCUUUCAAAACUAUAAUGAUCCUGAACGGAAGUUUCAGAAGCAGCAUUACAUCCAUCCAUUAUUACACUGGAAAUUGCUUAACAAAGAAGACAUAUUCUUGAAAAAUGUUAUUUAACCAGACAUUAUGUAAAUAACAUUUAUUUCAUGGUAAAAUGAUUGAACUUUGAAUUUCUUUGCGACAUGUUCUUUUUAACAUGAUAAGCAGGUUGGAAUUUCAGCACUGACUACAAGAAUGUUGCGACGAGGAUUACUGAGCUGGAUUUCUCGUGUUGGAAUCCUACUAGUCUGUUUGUGUUGUGUUGUGUCGGUUUUAUACAUGCUAGCAUGCACUCCUAGGUCUGAGGAUGAACAGCUUUCAUUGACGCGAGCCAAUAGCCCUACAGGAAAAGAAGGCUACCAUGCUGUCCUGCAGGAACGAGAAGAAGAACAUCGAAAUUACAUAACAAGCCUAAAAAAGCAAAUUGCCCAGCUAAAGGAUGAACUUCAACAACGCAGUGAGCAGUUAAAAACUGUUCAGGGUCCCUACAGUGAUACUGUAGGUGUAGCCUUCGAUCAUGGAAGCCCUGAGAAGGCCCAAAAUGACCUGAUAGACUUUUUGCACUCACAGGUUAACAAGGCUGAAGUACACAACGGCGUUAAAGUUCCAACAGAGUAUGCUGCUAUUCCAUUUGAUAGUUUCACUUUACAAAAAGUAUACCAGCUAGAAACAGGCCUUACACGGCACCCAGAGGAAAAGCCUGUCAGGAAGGACAAGAGAGAUGAACUUGCAGAGACUGUAGAUGUAGCACUGGAUGCACUAAAUAGUCCUGAAGAAGGUGGCAUUUCCCAUAGGAAAGUUUAUACAUCUGCUGACUUCAUUGAAGGUAUCUACAGAACAGAAAAAGAUAAAGGCACCCUAUAUGAAUUAAGUUUCAAAGGGGAAAAAAGCCAGGAAUUUAAACGUCUUGUUCUCUUCCGUCCAUUUGGGCCAAUUAUGAAAGUGAAAAAUGAAAGACUCAACAUGGCCAAUGUUAUUGUGAAUAUUAUUGUCCCUCUGGCAAAAAGAGCAGACAAAUUUCAGCAGUUCAUGCAAAAUUUCAGAGAAGUGUGUAUUCACCAGGAUGGAAGAAUUCAUCUUACUGUGGUCUACUUUGGAAAGGAACAGGCCCAUGAAGUGCGAUCAAUACUUGAAAAUACAUCUAAAGCUGCAAACUUCAAAAACUUCACUUUUAUUCAGCUGAAUGAGGAAUUCUCCCGUGGGAAAGGCUUAGAUGUUGGCGCACGUGCUUGGAAAGGAAGCAAUGUCCUUCUGUUUUUUUGCGAUGUUGAUAUCUACUUCACUGCUGAAUUUCUUAAUUCAUGCAGAAUAAAUACACAGCCAGGAAAGAGAGUUUUUUACCCAGUUCUUUUCAGUCAGUAUAACCCUUCAAUAAUUUAUGGACAUCAUGAUGCAAUUCCAUCCAUCGACCAACAACUAGUUAUUAAAAAGGACACAGGGUUCUGGAGAGACUUUGGAUUCGGAAUGACUUGUCAAUACCGUUCAGACUUUAUAAACAUAGGUGGAUUUGAUAUAGAUAUCAAAGGGUGGGGAGGAGAGGAUGUUCAUCUUUAUCGCAAGUACCUUCACAGCAACCUAAUUGUCAUCAGGACUCCAGUGAAAGGUCUUGUUCAUCUGUGGCAUGAAAAGCGUUGUAUGGACGAACUGGCUCCAGAACAGUAUAAGAUGUGCAUGCAGUCAAAAGCUAUGAAUGAAGCUUCUCAUGGACAGCUAGGAAUGCUGGUCUUUAGACAUGAGAUAGAGGCUCAUUUACGUAAACAGCGAAAUGCCAUAAAGAAAUCGUGAUGCCUGAAGAGGCCCACCGGUUGUGUCUAGGCUAAAAGCAACCUCAUCAAGCCAUUUGGGCACACAAGAAACAACGUUGUCAACCAAGUGUGUUGUAAAGGAGAAUGGCUAAACUAGGCAGUGUAACCAACCUGCUGGCUUCUUUAAGAGAAGGCAACAUACUAUCAAUUUAAGAAAUCAUGACCCAUCUGGCUUAUAGAAAUGAGGAUUAAAAAAAUAUGAUAAUUGAUGUGCACGAAGAUUAAAUAUGGAGUAUUCUUUAACUUAGCAUUGUGACAGCAUAAAUAAAAUGCUGUAAUUAAGUUUUUGACAUGGACCUGCACUCAGAAGGACUUUAGGUGGAAUGUUAAGGCAGUGGCAGUGGUCAUUAAAUUAGAGCAAAAGUCAUUGUUCUGACAAUAGCAGGAAAGUGGUGGUGUUCUCUAAAAUAAAACAACAAUGUACAAAGUUACAGAUGUGCAAAGAUUGAGAUAUAUAUAUAUCUAAAACCAAAAAGUGAGAACUGUAGACAUUUUUCUGGAGAAUGCACAGGUACUCAGGAAUAUUUUUCAGCAAAGAUGGGACACUCCAGGUUUUUAAGGUGCACUUAAGAUUUGCAUGUUUAAUUUUGCAUUUUAUAGAGCAUAUCCCAUGAUAAAAAAAAGAAAACUCUCCUUAUAGGAAGAAUAUGUAAGAAAACUGAUUUUUUAACCUAAGUGUCAAGGUGUAUUUGCCAAUUGUAAUUCAUUUUGAACAUUCUACUACAAGAUAGAGACUGAAAGCAAAGACCUGACCCAAAUUGCACUUGUGCAAUUUACCACCUAGGUUUGUAAAUCAGGCCAUAGUUGUCCUCCAGAAAUAGUUAUUUUGUGAUUCAUGAUGUGUGUAAGUAAACUGAUUCUAUUUACAGCAAUUCCCUAUUCCAAUCUAUUUGGCUGUACUUAUUUGUAUAGCAUAUACUAGUCACCUAUUUAAAAGCAAACAUCUUAUUGGUUGCUAUGGAUUACUGCACCUAGGCAAAUUUGUUUUUAUUAAAUAUGGGGAGUGUUCGUUUUAUAUACAGUCGAGCACAGUGAAUUGCUGAUGCUACCAUCAAGAGAGGAGGACAGCCAAGUGGCUAGAGAAUAUAAAAGAGAUUCACAAUUACAACAUGACUAUAAAGCCUAUAAUCAUAUGUUUGAUAGGUACAUAUGGAUCAAUGCAUAUUAUAAGCCUUUUACAAGAUGUCAUGUGUAAAGUAUUGAACUUGUUAUUCACAUUUAUAGAAGAGAAGCAGACACGCAAACAAUACUGUGAGAGUAAUGAAGGUAAUGUAGUAAAUGGUCUUAAGUUUGCUACUAGCAACCCAAUCAGCACCUAAUCAGCUGGUAGCCCAUUGAUUGGUUUCUAUGGGGUUCUAUAUGUGGGCAGACUUAUGAUGACUUUUUAUUAUUAAAUUACCCCAAAGGUGUGUUAUGGAAGCAAUAGGUAGAGUCUGUGUUUCCAUUGGCUAGAAGUGAAUAUUUUGUAACAUCCACACUGUCCAUUUUUUUGCAUUUCCAAAUUUUGCAGGACUUUCUACUUUUCAGUUCUGUGUUUUACAGGAAAUUGACUUCUUUUUACAUUGGUUACGUUGAAAUUGAUCUGAGUUGUGAUCUCAGAAGAGCAAUCGGUGUCCUCAGAGUCUCGCAAAUAACAUUAGUAAAUUAAUGUUAAUAAAUUUUGGUCUUUAUGUUGUAUAGCACAUGUCCCUAAACAAAAUUACUUCUGCAAUAUGCAGUAGUAAAUCUAGAAUUUGUAUCUAGAGUGAUCCAAAAUAUGACCAGACAUUUCAUUUAGUAUUUAAUUUAGUCAUUUCUUUCUGCCAUAUAAGCAUUUUUCUAUAACAACAAAUGUGCUUUCCAUUCAGCACUCACCUUUCUAUUUAGCACAGGUUAGGUUUCCGAAUCAGUGUUUCUCAACCAAAGAGGCAGACACCUGUGGCAAUAGCUGACAAUUUGGUUGCUGGUCGCAAGGCUUUAUUACUGUGAUGUGAGUGAUGAUCUCUGAUAAAAGUUUACAGCUAACUGUUUGAAUGGUAGCCAGGCUGGCCCUGGAAAGUCAGGGUUCACUGUCGUUAAACAAUCAUCUCCAGGUGUCUGAUUUAGGGAACAUGGGGGCGCUUAUAUGGAUAAUGUAUAAAUAUCUAUGUACAGGAAAACAUCUGACACUGGGCAAUAGAAAUUAUAAAAAAAUAUAUAUUUUUUUUGUUUAAAUGUAGUUGCUGUAGAGAACAAGAAGCAGACAGCUUUGCUUUUAUUUGUAAAUGUAUUUUGUUCUUGCCAUACAAGGGUUGGUUUAUCUCUAGCGUAUUUGAUUGUACCAUUUCAAGACAAGUGCCUGGCUGUAAGAACAUGCGCCUGUGUUUUCUAUAAUUUGGGGAUCUGUAGUGAGUAGCAUUACUGCCUAUAAAGCAAGCACCUAUAUAAAGAAUUGUGCCUUUCUUCCCCAGUUUUUUUUAAAUUGCAAAUUAGCUGCAUUUAGUAAAAAGUCGGCAGAAAAUGCUCUGAAUUACCAAAAAUGUAAGUGAUUUUAUGCUACAGUGCUCAUUGUUUUCUCAUAAUUUUUUUUAAUAAUGUAAUAUGGCAUCCCCCCUGUUGUCUUUAAUACAAAGAAUAGCUCAUUAUAGUGCCAUUUAUACAGUACAUGAAAUAAGGGACACUAAUAUUGUUUUUUGUUUCUUGGAUAAGUAUUAGUAGUAGUGUUUGUUAUGCAAAAGAUUAAGGUGGCUUGUAUGACCCUACAGAAAAAUAAUGGCAAGCCCUUGCGAUAGACACAUAUGUAUGUCAUGAAGAAGGGACACAAAUACAUUUAUUUUCUUACAAGAGCUGAACAUUAAUAAUCCUGUAGACAGGUAUCAACCAGAACCCCAUAGCACUUAUUCUGCAGCACAUUCCUCCUACUUUUUGUAAUUUGCAAGGUAUUGAUGUAUUAGCAACACUGCAGCAUUUCUGUGACCUUUUUUUAUCAUUUAUGAUUCAGUAUGGAUUUUUGCCAUUUCUUAGUCAUUUUAAAUAAGGAUUUACUUUCCCGUUUAUUUGUAUGUUAGUAGCACCUAGGGCAAGUAUCAAGCCAGUGCUCUGCAUAUGGUACUUGAAACAAAGUUCCAAAUUAUCAUUUGUAGAUAUUGCACCUUCUAAUUUAUGUUUUUUUAGAAAUUCUUUAUGUAUUGAUUUGGGGUAAUCAUUAGGCGAUUAUGUUAACAUUCCUGCAUAAAAAGUAGCAGCCGUUAUCACCCCUUAUGUUGGGGUUUUUUUUUUUUUUUUUUUUACAUUUCUUCUUACACUUGCAUGGGUUACACUAUUAGGCUUAUUUAUCAAUUUUCGAAUUCAAAUUUGUUUUCUAAAUCGAAUAAACUUAAAUAAAGAAUGCUUGCUUAUUUAUUAAUAAGAAAAACUUGUUGGAAUAAAAAAUUCAAGUACCUUGAAUUGAUGGAGUUUAGAAACUCAAAAAACUCAGUUUGAAACAUUAAAAAAUUAAACUUGAACGUUGAUAAUUCUCACCCCAUGUCUGAGAUACUGUAAAAUAAAGGUGUAAAUGAUAGCAAUCAAGUGGCAUAAUAGUUAAUGCACCUUUUAUAAAUGCUAGGUCUUUGAUCAGGGAUCAAUUGCCAUGUUUUUUCCCCACAAUGUUUUUUCCAGAAUUCCAACAUCACCAGGGGGAGAAGUUGCAGCUGAUAAGGUUAGCGCAGCUGUGCUUGCACAGGUGUAAAUCGUGUUGCAAUUGUUCUGAAAAUGUUCUAAAUCUGAAUGGCGUCACUUUGGCAUUUGACAUGCAAGUGACAGGUGUGCCUUAUUCUGUGACUGACACAGGGAACUGUAGGAACCCUGAAGCUAACACCUGGUUUGGAGGUGGUGGUAGUGCCAAUGUUCCUGUGUCAGGAACGGGAGGCAGGAAAGAUCCCUUCAUAUCAUUGUUUAAUACCUAGAAUCACAUGGACAGAUAAGCUGCAGGCUUGGUCUGACAGGGCAGUGUGGACAUAUUCCCAUGUAUGAAAAGCUUUACACAAAAGUUGAUGUAUGCAUGGGCAAAUUUGCUUGCCAAAGGCAAUCCAAACUGGUGCAAACUAAACUGGACCUUGUGUUAAAGAUGUUCCAAACAAUAGUAUGACACCUUACUGUCCAGUAAAUGAAUUUUUUGGAAAUGUAAACAACGGUGCUUUUCUAGUUGCCAUCAACUGGGUGGCAGCAGCAGCUGAUCUCUCUGGAUAAGUCUAAACAUACAGUAUAUGUACAGUAUCUGAAUCAAAGCUCGAGUCUAUUUUUAUAGAUUAAAAUGAUUGCUUAAAGUGAUGGUGCUUUAUGUUUACAUUCUUUUAAAGCAGAACAUAAAGUUAUUUAGUUUCUUAGUUUUGGGGUGUUUGCGGGGGAGGGGGUAUUUCAUAGGAUUCCAUUUUAAUAUAUUGUUUCAUACAUAAAACAGCUUUAUAUAUUCAGUGAUAUUCUGAAAUCUUUCCUUUAAUUAUGUAUUAUUUAUUUGCAAAUAAAACAUUUCACUAUCA